GGGUUUAAAAGCUGCGCGUGAGGAGGAGCGGCGCAGAGUAUCAAGGAGCUACGCAGAGAAAAAGUUCUUUCACGGCAGAAGUGCACGGAAAGGAAGAAGGAAGAAGCCUCAGAGAGAGAUGGCAGCCCAGACUGAGCAGCCUCACUUGCACCUCGCAGAGCUCACCGCAGCCCAGUUCAUCGACAUCUGGAAACAUUUUGAUGCUGACGGAAAUGGAUACAUUGAAGGGAAAGAGCUGGAAAACUUCAUCAGAGAGCUGGAGACUGCCAGACGAGGAGCAGGCGUGGAUACCUCACAUGCAGCGUUCAAGGAAAAGAUGCGGGAGUUCAUGGCCAGUUUCGACAAGAAUUCCGAUGGGAGGAUUGAGAUGGCAGAGUUGGCUCAGCUUCUGCCUACAGAAGAAAACUUCCUGCUGUGUUUCAGGGAGUUUGUGGGAUCCAGUGCUGAAUUCAUGGCACACUUGGAAGUGGUUCUCCCAGGAAGGCAGACGGACUACUCGGGAUAUGGCGUUCAGGCCUGGCGGAGGUAUGACACUGACCGCAGUGGAUAUAUCGAGUCAAAUGAACUGAAGGGUUUUCUGACAGACCUGCUGAAGAAAGCUAACAGAAGCUAUGAUGACAAGAAGCUCCAUGAGUACACACACACUAUUCUAACGAUGUUUGAUCUGAAUGGUGAUGGGAAGCUGGGUCUUUCUGAGAUGGCAAGGCUCUUGCCCGUGCAGGAGAACUUCUUGCUGAAGUUUCAGGGCAUCAGGCUCACCGUCAAGGAAUUUGACUCCCUCUUCACACUCUAUGAUAAGGAUGGUAACGGCUACAUAGACGAGCAGGAGCUGGAUGCUUUGCUGAAGGACCUCUGUGACAAGAACAAAAUGGAUGUGGAAGUAACAGGACUGUCAGACUACAAGAAGAGCAUCAUGGCUCUGUCAGACGGAGGGAAACUAUUUCGCGCCGAACUGGAGAUCGUCCUGUGUCGGGACUCCACGCUGUGAGACGCCUGCCCCCUUUGCCUCCUUCCUACCUGUGCAUGUGUGACCUUAAACCCCGCUUACACUGCUAGAGAGAAAACAAAAAAGUGCUCCUAAAAGAACACAGUGAACUGCUGGCCCUGAUGUUUAAGCUUCUUUUUUACAUAGUGAAAUAGACCUAGCAAUAUUGUGUCCUUCUUUAUUUUUGAAUACCCAUUUUAAUAUGUAUAUGCAGUUUUACAUUAACCCAUCUAUGUCCCCGCCCCCAUUUGACACUUUUGUUCAUGUGUUCUAUUUAUUUUACUUCUAUUCAAUGCCGUCUUGUUUAUUUCAUAAGGCUUGUACUGUUCAAUUAAAUAUAUUACAGAGAGAAUGAAUAAAUAUAACAACAGUC